AUGUAUACAGAGCAUAAGGAAAGGAAAAAUGAAAGACGAUCCCAGCUAAAAGGGCUAAAGAGUGGAGCUCGCUUCCACGAGGCCGGGACGUGGAUCCCCUCUAACGGCCAAUCCCCGAUCGUGCAGAACCCGUGCACGGCCCUCCCGAGUGUUCCAGAACGCCGAUCAGAUCGUAUCCGGUUUGAGGAUCUUCAGGAGGAGAUGGGCAGGGUCUUAGGCCUUGUCACCUUCUAUAAGCAGAUGUAA